UUAAAAAUCUGUAAUCGACUCAGCCCUUGUUUGUUUCCCGAAAUAUUUUUGUCAGAAAUUCGCUUUAUCUCCUUUGAAAUUAAGAAUGGUUACUAAAUUCGUAGGAAGACUGAGGUUAUAGAUGUUUUAUUAAAAGUACGCAACCUAAAUGACAGAUAAUGGCGAAUCAUUACGAAGUACCUAGCUGGGCUGGCAAACCUCCGGUUGGUUUGCAUUUGGAUGUAUUAAAGGAUGAUAAACUAAUCCAGAAAUUGAUGGUGGACGAAAAGAAGUGCUAUUUAUUCGGCCGCAACCAGCAAAUGAACGACUUCUGCAUUGAUCAUGCCUCGUGUUCCCGAGUUCAUGCAGCAUUAGUUUACCACAAGCAUUUGAACAGAGCGUUUCUAGUAGAUCUUGGUAGCACACAUGGGACUUACAUUGGAAAUAUGCGGCUAGAUCCCAACAAACCGACUCAGUUACCAAUCGACAGUACUUUUCAUUUUGGCGCAUCCACAAGAUACUACAUUAUUCGAGAGAGACCACAAUCUGGGGCAAGACCGAUAAUUGAAGAACUAGAAAAAUCUUCCGAAGAUAAUGACGCCGGUGGCUUACUUGGGCUUCCGGAGACUGAAACUGAGCUUGAUAAUUUGACGGAAUUUAAUACAGCCCAUAACAGACGCAUCUCGAUGUUGGGAAUAACGGAUGAUGACGUUCAUAAAGCGACGAGAAAGAGAAAAAAGAAGGGCAUCACAUUCAACGACGACGAGGAAGUUAUUAAUCCUGAAGAUGUCGAUCCAUCUGUUGGUAGAUUUCGGAAUCUUGUACAAACGACUGUUGUUCCCAGUAAACGAAUGCGCAUGGAGGGUGGCCUUAUAUCGUUAUCGGAGGAAAAUCAUCACAAUAUGAUGAAACAUCUUCAGCCAAGUUCUGUUAUGCCACAACUCUACCAUGAUUUACCUCCAGAACAGUUCUCUAACGCACAUUCGUCGAUGUCUAGUAACCCGUUUUCUACAGCACUGACAUCACUGACUUCUCGCCUUGGUAUAGCUUUACCAAACCCGGCUCCCGAGGUAGAAAUGGCGCCGCACCAAAUGCAAACAGAGGUGCCCCACAUUCCAGAUAUAUCAGGAUCUUCGGAGCCACAUUCAUUAGAGCCUAAGAAAAAAAAGUACGCAAAGGAAGCUUGGCCCGGGAAAAAACCGAUGCCUACUCUUUUGGUAUAAUUAUAGACUUAACGGAAUCCAGCUAUCUCAGAUCAGCGGUUAUAAACUAUCGAUUCUCCUGUAUCCGAAAGACCUUCUCAAAAGGAUAAAGCAACUAAUUUGAAAUUAUAUUUUUCUAGAACAUGCACACGACUAAGUAAUUCGCAAUAAUAAAUCCGAUUUUAAAAUUCUUAAUGUAGAAUUGCGAACUUUAUAAAUCUGGAUACCUUUACAGUACUGAAACUAAUUGUCCAAAUGAAUUCUGCUGUCACCAAUCUGGAAUAGCUAUCUUAAGAAUACAGACUAAAUUCGUGAACUAUUUACCUGAUGAGGUUUAAUAUAUUUGCGUGAUAUCGUCCAAGUUUUCAACAAAAAUUUCCUAUUCAAAUAUAAACCAUGAUUGUAUCGUCGUCGGUGAAGUGAAAUAUGUAAAUAAAGUAAUAAGAGAUAAAUAAUUGAUCUGUCGACAAUUUUAAGUUCCACUCGUCUUUAAACGGAUUUAAUAGAGUAAUCAAAUAUAGCGUAAUAUUUCGUACUGAAAUCUCCUUUGGACCUUUCGGAGGUAAAUAAUUGUUGAAAUAAUACGAAUUUUCCUAUUUCAGGUAAAUAUAUUUUAAAAAUUAAUGAGAAGUAUACAUUUUGUGAUAUAAUAGACGUGUGAUGUAAUUUGCGUUUAUUCUGAAAUUCAGUGUCAAGGAGCAAAGUAUUGAAUUCAUAAUAAUAUAUCGAAGUAACAAGUGAAAGGUAAAUUUGCAAUCAGCGUCAGUCAUCAUUGUUCAUCAGUACAUUCAUCAAAAUGUUCAAUACAAAUUUUUCAUAUCUAUUGUUAAGUGUAUAAAGACAGUAAGAGGAACGAUUGUCUCGUUUUUUAUUCAAUAAACCUCGUCAGAAAUCAACUUUAAUCCAUUGCUAUUCCAUACAGCUGUUAUGUAGAUUUUCAAUGUUACAAACCCAAGUUGAAUUCUAGCUCCAAAUAAUCAAGAGUAUAAUAUUAAAGAUCAAAUUUUAAA